UCUCUUGUUCCUGUGACUUCCCUGAGCAGCGGGACCGUCUCCAUCGCGCUGAGAAAGGAACUGGGCUGCUGGCUUUCUUUGCUCCAAGAUGUGCAUCUGUUGUCUCAUCAAGUGCCCUCAGCUGUAACCAAGGCUCUGGGACCCAGGACCACAGUCAGGUGCAGCCGCUCCCCAGCACUAAAGACCAUGGAACUCUCAGACAGUGACCGUCCUGUGAGUUUCGGCUCCACAUCCUCCUCGGCCUCCUCCCGGGACAGCCACGGCUCCUUUGGCAGCAGAAUGACCUUGACGUCAAGCAGCCACUUGGGCUUGUUUCACCAGGAUAAGGACGCUGGGGCCAUCAGGCUGGAGCUCAUGCCAGCCAGACCACUUUCCAGCAGCGAGCUGGCCCGAGACAGCCCUUUGGGAUCACAAAACGUGACCGAGGGUGAUGAAAGGCGGCCCCAGGCGCCCUGGCAGGCAGAAGCCAACGGGACCACCAAACCCAGCACUCAGUCCGCUGCAAGUCCCAAGUUGCUCUAUGUGGAUCGCGUCGUCCAGGAAAUUGUGGAAACAGAAAGGACAUACGUGCAAGACUUGAAAAGAAUCGUAGAGGAUUACCUUGACUGCAUCAGGGGACAAGCAAAACUUCCACUGGGCGUGGAAGAAAGAUCUGCCCUUUUUGGAAAUAUACAGGAUAUCUACCACUUUAAUAGUGAACUUCUGCAAGAUUUGGAAAACUGUGAAAAUGAUCCAGUGGCCAUAGCAGAAUGUUUUGUGUCCAAGAGUGAAGAUUUCCACAUUUACACCCAGUAUUGCACCAACUAUCCCAGCUCCGUCGCUGUGCUAACUGAGUGCCUGAGGAACAAAGUACUGGCCAAAUUCUUCAGGGAACGGCAGGAAACUCUGAAUCACUCACUGCCUCUGGGCUCCUAUCUCCUCAAACCGGUGCAGCGGAUUCUCAAGUAUCAUCUCCUCUUGCAUGAAAUAGAAAAUCACCUUGCCAAAGACACAGAAGGCUACGACGUGGUGCUAGAAGCCAUUGAUACCAUGCAGCGGGUAGCCUGGCACAUCAAUGACAUGAAACGGAAACACGAGCAUGCAGUUCGGCUGCAGGAAAUACAGAGUUUGCUCACUAACUGGAAAGGACCAGACCUGACCAGCUAUGGGGAAUUGGUUCUGGAAGGCACCUUCCGCAUCCAGAGGGCCAAGAACGAGCGGACACUCUUCCUUUUUGACAAGCUGCUUCUCAUCACCAAGAAGAGAGAUGACACAUUUACCUACAAAGCUCACAUCCUGUGUGGCAAUCUCAUGCUUGUGGAAGUGAUCCCAAAGGAGCCACUCAGCUUCAGUGUCUUCCACUAUAAGAAUCCCAAGCUGCAGCACACAGUUCAGGCUCGGUCCCAGCAAGACAAACGCCUAUGGAUUCUGCACUUGAAGAGACUCAUCCUGGAGAAUCAUGCAGCAAAGAUUCCAGCUAAGGCCAAGCAAGCAAUCAUGGAAAUGGACACCAUUCACCACCCUGGCUUCUGCUACAGUCCUGAGGGCGAGACAAAGACCACUUCCACUCCCUACCGCCCUCGGAGAAAAUCAGAACCUUCCUCAAGGACACAUAAGAUUUUAAAGACCAGUGAAACAGUACAGGAUAUCCAGAAGGUGUCAGGAGAGGAGGGAUCCCCUCGGUUGCCAUCGGCCAGCCCCUCUCCUGCCCAGAGAAAUAGCCAGCCCAGCAUCUCCGCCCCUCUGAAUGCACUGCGCGGGGGCAGCGUGGCCCGGAACAUCUGGACGGACCACCAGAUCCGGCAGGCCCUUUUUCCGAGCCGCCGCUGCUCCACGGAGCAAGAAGAGGACGACGACGACUACCAGAUGUUCGUGCCCUCCUUCCCCGAGGACGGCGCCUCCAGCCGGCCCUGCAGCUGGCACAUGGGGCAGGCGGAGGCGUCGGAGAGCCCCGGGCCCGGCCACCGCGUGGUCCGUCGGGCCAGCAGUGCGGGCGAAAGCAACUCGUGCCCCACCGACCCCGGGAGAAGGGGCAGCAACGGCUCCGGCUACGGUCCCCUGAGGGCUCUGCAGGACGGGCCCAAACCUGGGGGGCAGGAGGCCCUGACGCCCUGUGGGUCGCCCGUGGAACUGACAGCUGAUGAUCUGGACCACGUCUACGACAACAUCAGCUACGAGGACUUAAAGAUCAUGGUGGCCCGCCGGGAGGAAGCCGAAGCCCCCAAGGCCACCAGGGACUCCGUCCGCCCCAAGAGCACCCCGGAGCUGGCCUUCCCCAAAAGGCUGGUCUGCUCCGAGCCUCGAGAGGCCUUGGUGAGCCGGAGCACACAGGAGCUGGAGGCGGUGGAAGACAACAUCUAUGACACCAUCGGGGCCCCCGAGCCAGCCCCGCUCGCAUUCCAGCGCAGCAGCCUCAAGCCGGCCAGGCGGGCCACCUUCCUGGGCCUGGACGCCGACUUCGCCUGCUGUGACAGCCUGCGGCCCUUCGUGUCCCAGGACAGCCUGCAGCCGAGCGAGGAUGAGGCACCCGCCCAGCCCGGCAGCCCCGAGGGGGGAGACUAUCUGAGCCUGAUCCACGGCACCCCCGCUUGUGCCAGGUCUCUCUCUGACAAGCUGUCCGAGGAGGUGGACGAGAUCUGGAACGAUCUCGAGAACUACAUCAAGAAGAACGAAGACAAGGCACGCGAGAGGCUGCUGGCCUCCUUCCCUGUCGGCCAGGAGGAUGUGCCCGACGGGUCACGCGGCCAGGGCCGGCCAGGGCCCUGCAGAGAGGCAGCCCGGGCCUCGUCCACCCUCUCCCUGCCCGGACCCUGUGCCCCGCUCACCUCGCCUAAAGGCAGGCCGGGCUGGAGCAGCCGGGCCAGGUGCCCUCUGGAAAACGACCUCCUGGCACAAGAAGGCUCCUCGGGGAGUCUGAACCGGCUGUCUCUGGCCCGAAAGGUGUCCCCUCCAGGGAACCCCUACGACCUGGCCAGCAGCCCGGAAGGCCCCGAGCUAGAGCUAGAUGCAGCCGAGAAGACCAAGAGCCGCGUGUUCAUGAUGGCCCGGCAGUACAGCCAGAAGAUCAAGAAGGCCAACCAGCUACUCAGGGUGAAGAGCCCCGAGCUGGAGCAGCCCCCCGCCAGCCAGACACACAGGACCCCGCCCAAGGACCUGGCCGCAUUCCUGGAGGACAAGAGGCAAGGGGGGCCCGCCAUCGGUGCUAGGAUUGCUGAGUAUUCUCAACUGUAUGACCAGAUCGUCUUCCGAGAGACCCCACUGAAAGCACAGAAGGAUGGCUGGGUCAUUCCCCAAGACCUGCCUGGUCUGGGCUCUGCCCUAGCUGCCCAGGCCCAGCACAGUAGCGAGGACUGGCUUCUGAAUUCAACCUACAGCAACGGAGAAUUAGUAGAUUUCUGCCCCCAGCUCGAGCAGGACCUGAAGCCAAAAUACCCUACAUUAGAACUGAGUCGGAAAAGUGCACCCAGGAAGCUAGCCACAGCCUGCUCUGUGCCGUCGCUGCAGAUGGCUGACCCACUGCUGGGCUCCGUACAGAGACGCAGCGUGAUAGUGAGUCAGCCCCACAAGGACACCCUGAAUCAGGGCCACCUCUACAACUCCCUAGGCCGCAAGGGCCUGAGUGCCCCCCAACAGCCCUACAGCAGGUCCCAGUCAUCAUCCUCCAUCUUGAUCAACAAGUCUAUGGACUCCAUCAGCUACCCAGGGGAGCCACUGACUCUGCACACAAGUGCGCGGUGUGAGAGCCACCAGGAUUUGCUGCCCAGGGUGGCCGACUUCAGUCAGCAGGGCGUGGAGAAAUGCUCAGACCUCACCCUCCAAGACUCUCAGAAGAUUCUCGUGGUGAACAGGAAUGUUCCCUUAAAAGCCCAGAUAGCUACCCAGAACUACUUCUCCAAUUUCAAAGAGACCGAAGGAGAGGAAGAUGACUACGUGGAGAUCAAGUCCGAGGAAGAGGAGGCAGAGUUUAAGACGGAGCAGUAUUGCCGGACGACAUCUGACCCAAAGCUCUUGGGCACUUACUCUGCCAAUAACCACUGCAGCAAAGACCCUGCUUACUCCCUGAGCAGUGCUUGGACGCCCCAAAAGCCCCUGAGUGGUGGCUUUGGCCUUCCGCCUUAUCUGACUCCAUGCAACGAUGCUGACAAGCUAGACGAUUAUCUCUGGCGAGGGCCCUCCCCAAAUCAGCAAAAUAUCGUCCAGUCACUAAGAGAGAAAUUUCAGUGUCUCAGUUCUAGCAGCUUUGCCUAAGGUUUUUCUGAGGGGAAUUUUGCGCAGAUGGACCUGUUGUGUUCGUCACCAGUUGAUACCAUUUUGAUAAUAGCCAGAGGUGCAAAAUAUACUUUUCUUUCACAGCACAGUUUUUAGAGAUGGUUGAUGACCACACCCUGUGUCUGCACAGCGUGUUCUGUGAUGCUGGUUUCUUCAUGGAAGUAAAAUAUGACUUUAUCUUUAUUUUUAAGCCUUUUUUUUAAUCUCCCACUCCAGCCCCAAAGCAUGAUGACCCAUUUCCUGACAAGAGUGCUGACAUUUUAAGAAAUGCAGUCACCCUUUCUAGAAGCCUGGAAUUUGAUCCCAGGACUCAAAGACGACAAGAAAGUUCUUUGCCAUAUUUAGAAAAGAGAAGACCAGCGCCAUUUGAUGGAGUGUAUUUGCAUUAUCUGUUAUGUUUUGUACCAAGAGCAGAGAGGAACAAACUAGAGCUCCCUCUAUCUGCAGUGGUCCAGUUACAGAUUAUAGGCUGGGGGUUUCCAGCAAAGCAGAAAAGCAGGAAAUGAGUCAGGGAAAAUGUUGAAAGGCCAGCUUUCUGUCUUACCUGGAUUCUGGGACAAGGCCUUAAGAGGAAACUGAUGUUUAUCAUAACUCAUGAGGUCAAAUAUGUGACCUUUAAGGGCAUCAAGAAAAACCAAUGCAAGAAAAUGCAGAGAUGGGCGAGCAAAGGGAACCCCCCACAUUUCCGUUUUUCUGGGUGGGAAGGGAGGAUGCACGGGCUUUGAGUGUCUCUGAUGAGCAUGAAAGAAACCAUAAGCUAAAGAAAGAGUAACCAAGCACUUUAAGGGUUUCCAUUUCCUAAGCAGCUUUUCUCCGACCCUGCCUUGACUCCUGAACUCGGCCCAGGGACCACACUCCGCACUGAUUCCUCCAAGUUUGAUUCUCACACAAGCUCUUUCCAGUCAGUGAGAGGCAGCUAAUAAACAGGUUCUGCUAGCUAAGUCCUAACCCAGAACAUGUACUCUUUGUUCUCGUUUUGUUUUUCUGCACUGCUAGAGUUCCUCAUCAAAGGAAAUGAAAAUAAAUAAAUAAAUAAAAACAAAUGAGCAAGACAGAGGACCAAAGGCGGAGUGACUGCUGCACUUGAAAGGAUUCUGAUUCAUCCAAGAAAGACUCCAACCCAAAUGUUCUCUCAGUUUGUGGCCUUUGUCUUCUCUGUGUCAAGCAGUUUCACCUUCUCUGUUCCCUGCUCUACCCACUGUUCUCAUUUUAUUUUAUUUUGUUUGCAUUUUCAGAGUCAUGCUAAUAAAGUUACAGAGUA